AGUUGUUUAUUACAACCUCACCUCAGUGAGGCCUGAGAUUCUUUCGAACAGGAGUUUUGCUUUCCAUGACACAGAGCGAAGUCUUUCUGGGAUAUUUUUGGUAAAACUGAAAGCAAGAAAAGUGGGGUGCACAUUCACAAGGCACCGGACUAAGUGGGGCGUGGAUAGAGUGUUGGGGGGAGAGUUUAGGGUGCCAUCCCCAAAUGAUAUUUGGAUGGACCUUUCAUCUGAGAGAAAGGAGACACGUUGGCAAAUCAACCUCAAACCCAAGAUUGGCCGUGAAGCAAUCAUAAAGGGGGAAAUACACACACAGAAGCAAGAGGGAAAGGUCGAAAAGGCCAGAAGGGCACCGAUUGUGACAGACUCACCAUUUCAGCAGCUACUCACCCGAACCAGAAGAAAAAUGUCCCUGAGGUUGCCAAGAAACUGGGAUUUCAACCUGAAGAUGGAGGCUGGGAAAAUAGCACGGUCAAGGAGUGUGAUGACCGGCGAGCAGAUGGCGGCCUGUCAUCCAUCUGCUACCCCCAACCCACUGGAAAGGCCGAUCAAGAUGGGCUGGCUGAAGAAGCAGAGGUCCUUCGUGAAGAACUGGCAGCAGAGAUACUUUGUGCUGAGGGCACAGCAGCUCUACUACUACAAGGAUGAAGAGGACACAAAGCCACAGGGUUGCAUGUAUCUGCCAGGAAGUACGAUCAAGGAGAUUGCAACAAACCCAGAAGAGGCUGGGAAGUUUGUCUUUGAGAUCACUCCAGCCUCAUGGGAGCAGAAUCGUAUGGGACAGGACUCCUAUAUCCUCAUGGCCAGCUCCCAGGCGGAGAUGGAAGAAUGGGUUAAAUUCCUUAGGAGAGUCGCUGGCACACCCUCUGGAGCGGUGUUUGGCCAGCGUUUGGAUGAGACUGUGGCCUACGAGCAGAAAUUUGGCCCCCACCCAGUGCCCAUCCUGGUGGAGAAGUGUGCAGAGUUCAUCCUCGAGCAUGGCCUGAAUGAAGAGGGCAUCUUCCGACUACCUGGGCAGGACAACCUGGUGAAGCAGCUGAGAGAUGCUUUUGAUGCUGGGGAGCGGCCCUCAUUUGACAGAGACACAGAUGUGCACACAGUGGCCUCCCUGUUCAAGCUCUACCUCCGAGAUCUGCCAGAGCCAGUGGUUCCUUGGAGCCAGUAUGAGGGAUUUCUGCUAUGUGGGCAGCUCAUGAACGCAGAUGAGGCAAAGGCUCAGCAAGAGUUGAUGAAGCAGCUCUCCAACCUUCCUCGAGAGAACUACAGCCUCCUGAGCUACAUCUGCAGGUUUCUACAUGAAAUCCAGCUGAACUGUGGCGUUAACAAGAUGAGUGUGGACAAUCUGGCUACUGUGAUUGGUGUGAACCUCAUCAGGUCGAAGGUCGAAGACCCUGCUGUGAUCAUGAGAGGGACUCCUCAAAUCCAAAGAGUAAUGACCAUGAUGAUCAGAGACCAUGAAGUUCUCUUCCCCAAGUCUAAGGAUGAACCCAUAUCACCUCCUUCUCAGAAAAAUGACCCCAAGAAACCUCCAGUGGCUCGAAGUUCUGUGGGCUGGGAUGCCACUGAAGACACUCCAAUUUCUAGGACAGACAGCUGCAGUAGCACGACCAGCAGCUCAGAUGUAACCAGCCCGACUGGACAACGACACAGCGAUGAGUUUCUGGAAGAGAGCAGGGAAAUACUAGGAGAUUGGAAGUUGCAUUCACGAAAAAGGACUCAGACACUCCCUAACCGGAAAUAUUUCUUGAUGUCUGCUUUUCAAAGUGCCAACAGCAGCAAAGUGGAAAUCUUUAAAAGUGAAUUCUGGUCACCUUCAGAGUCAAAGGCAGGGGAAGGGCACAGGAGAACAAUGUCCCAAGAUGUGCCUCACUUGUCUGACUUCCAGCGGACUUCCACCUAUGAUAAUGUCCCUGCCCUGCCUGGAUCCCCUGGGGAUGACGCGGUGGUAUGCUCCCCCCAUGCCUAUGACUGCAAGAGGGACACCCUUGUCAGCCCGAACUCUGAAACUGGAUUUGGAAGAAAGGACUCUGGAGAGGAGGAAAUUGAAUCAUUGCAGAAAGUGGUUCAGGAGCUGCAGAAGCAAAUAGAAACACAAAAGCAAACAUAUGAGAAACAGAUUAAAGAGCUUGAGAAGGAAAAUUUUGAUGUGUGGACCAAGGUAGUGAGACUCAAUGAAGAACUGGACAAGCAGAAGAAGUUAUUUGCAGCUUUGGAAAUCACCCUCCAGAAUGUGGAGCGCUCCCGGGAGGAUGUUGAGAGGAGGAACAAGGCCUUGGAAGACGAAGUUAAGCAAUUUGUUCAAUCGAUGAAGGAAUCCAAGACUGAUGCCUGAGGGUCCCAGGACAACUACAGAAACAGGCCACAGUGGCCCCAUCCCACUUCCUUUCUCAGUGCCACCCGGUGACUGGGAAGUAAAAUUUUUCCCCAGGAGAGAAUUCUCUCUCCCCAGGGAGAGAACAUUUGGGGGGCGGGGGGAUCAGCCCAUCUCCUGGUAAAUCAGUCAAUGGAGUUUGCAGGAAGAUGAGGAUGAGUAGGGAUGCGUGUGACACAGGGAUAAACUCCCUGUGUUUAUCUAAUCCCUUGUUUACUGUAGACAACUGCCUAUUUAGAAGCAAAAUGUGGCUUUUUUGUCUAAGAACCUGAAAUCAAGCAUGUGUAGAACUUCAAGACUUAAGUGACUGCUUGGCAGUGACUAGAGUUACCCCAGAGAAGACUCCACUGUCCUCUAGCCUGGACGUCACUGACAUGCAGGAAAGCACCAGCUGCCCAGAGACAGACCACAUCUCAGCGUCUGGCACCAGGCUGGCCCCAUGGAGGCUAUACAAGCCGUUGGUUCUUUGUUUUCCGUGUGGAAUAACCAUGGUAGCUGGAUGGCCUCGGGAUAGCUCUGUGCACAGGGGCAGAAGAAAAAGUCAAAUUUUAAAAGCUCGCCCAUCUUGGGCCAUGUUUUAGGAGUGCUGCAGCUGCUAAAGACAGAACCUUAUUCUGCCACUCCCACCACAAUGUACACUCUGCAGGAGUUGGAAACUCAAAAAUAUUAUGAGACUAAAAGAAGCCAUAAACUGUAUUUAUGAAAAAAAGUCAACAGGAAAAUUAUAUUCAAAUAAAGUAAAGGGCAAAAAGCAGGACUAUUGGUAAUGUAUACAAUGCUUUUGUGAGAAUUAAUAAAAGAUGCACCCUC